GACGGCGAGUCGUCAAUCGCGAUCGCGCGACAUAUAAUAUUAAAAAGGGAAAAAAGAAAACAGAAUAAAUUCCAUUGACGAACAGUACCAUCGCAAUCGCCGACGGAGGGACGAUUGUCCUGCAAAUCCGUUUGUAUAAAAAUCAGCAUGAGUGGGUCAGGGAAAGGUCUUCUCGGGGUGUGGCUGUACAGAAGAGGCGAAAGCUGGGCCAUCAAGGAGGGAAGUCCACUGCAUAAAUCACGCGAUAUUCCUAUGGAUGAUAAUAACUCGGCUAACGACAACAAGAAUUCUGUGAUAUUUUCCUUGAAGAACCAAGUCGGCGGUUUGGCACGAGCGCUUCAAGUAUUUCAGGAUUUAGGUGUAAACGUCGUGCACAUCGAGUCGAGGAAGUCUCUGCGUCGCGGCUCUGAAUACGAAAUCCUUGUGGACGUGGAGUGCGACUCGAAGAGGAUGGAGCAGUUGAUGAAGAUGUUGAGCCGCGAAGUGGCUGCGAUCAAUCUCGCCCAUUACGAGCAUAUUGGAAAUAUGCCGCGCGCGCCUUCCCUUUCAGCCGCGACAAGCUUCGAUUUCAGCGAAGUAGAUAUGCCCUGGUUCCCUCGGAAAAUAUCAGACCUCGAUAGAGCACAGAAGGUUCUCAUGUACGGAUCAGACUUGGACGCAGAUCAUCCUGGCUUCAAGGAUCCUGUGUAUCGCAAACGUCGCGAAGAGUUCGCCGAUAUCGCCUAUAAUUAUAGGCACGGUCAACCGAUCCCGAGAGUGCAGUACACAUCGGAGGAAAUCAGAACCUGGGGAACCGUCUUCCGCGAGUUGCACGAGCUCUACCAAAAAUACGCGUGCAAGGAAUACCUGGAAAAUUGGCCGAAGCUGGUCAAAUAUUGCGGAUACAGAGAAGACAAUAUACCUCAGCUGCAGGAUGUGAACAUUUUCCUCAAGCGAACAACGGGAUUUCAGCUCCGUCCGGUUGCAGGUUAUCUCUCACCGCGAGAUUUCCUCGCCGGGCUCGCAUUCCGAGUGUUCCACUGCACUCAGUACAUCCGACAUUCUUCCGACCCGUUUUAUACUCCGGAACCGGAUUGUUGUCAUGAACUAUUGGGCCACAUGCCACUGCUCGCCAAUCCGAACUUCGCGCAAUUCUCGCAAGAACUCGGUCUGGCUUCUCUCGGUGCAUCGGACGACGACAUAGACAAACUGGCAACCCUCUACUUCUUCACCGUGGAAUUCGGAUUGUGCAAGCAAGACGGUAUGCUUCGCGUUUAUGGCGCCGGCUUGCUAUCAUCGGUAGCAGAAUUAAGGCACGCGGUCACCGCUACAGAGAAAACGAUGAGAUUCGAACCGGACAUCACGUGCAAGCAGGAAUGUAUUAUCACUGCGUUUCAAAAUGCAUAUUAUUACACCGACAGCAUAGAAGAAGCGAAGGAGAAAAUGCGGGCAUUCGCUAAUCAGAUUCAGCGUCCUUUCGCGAUACGCUACAAUCCGUACACUCAGUCAGUGGAGAUACUGACGGACGCGCAGAAGAUCACAGCAGUGGUCAGCGAGUUGCGAGGUGAUCUCUGUAUAGUGUCGAAUGCCUUGAAGAAGAUUCACGAACAGGACGACACUGUGGACGUCGAGAGGAUAACGAGCUUAUUGACGCAGGGGAUUGAGAUGCCGCAGGACAGUUCGACUUCGGACAGUGACGGCCAGGAUGAGAGUCCCAACGCCGAGGAGGUGCGUUCUCAGGAGGACACCGAUCACCAAUUGCGUCGUAACGACGAGGAUGCAGUUGCGAUGGAAAAUUAAGCGACAUUGCGCUCUCUCCUUUUUCUCUUUCUGCAGCUACGAAUAUAUGUCCCUGUCGGGUCGCAGAAUUAACAGCAUUUAGCGAAUCAUUUCUGCUUCAAUUCAGUUUACGUCACAUAUAUAAGCAAAGUGUUACGUAGUAUAUCUUGUCGAUGCAUUAUGAUUGAAUGUAAAAUAAAUGCAAAGAUAUCCAAAUGAAUCCAAUCACGUUAGCGACAUUCAAUACCGCAUAUAAAAUUUUUCUAACUCUUACAAAAUUAGACAAUCUCGAUACAAAUCUGGAGCAGAAUUAUUUCUUAUCUAUUUUGCUUCCAACAAAAUAAAAACUCCUUGCGUGCUAUAUUGAUUCGCUUAUGACAUAAAUCUAUCACAUUUUCAAUCGCGAAUAUUUCUUUAAAAAAUCCUAAAAAACUAUCCGAGAUAGUGCUCUAUACGCUAACGCGACAUAACUUAUAACCUACCAUAACAUAGCCGACUUUCGGCCUAUGCGCAGAAUAGGAACCACUGCGUAUGCGCAAGAGUCCGAAUAUACUACUACUAACGGAUCUAACGUUAUGGGGGCGAUUUUGGGAAAUUGGAAAAUUAUAUUAAAGGUACUGGGUGUGCUACUGAGGCAACAGAGUCACACAAACACGCGUUGUCACCGCUCAAACGAUACAGAACGAAAUAAGGAUAUCUGAUGUAAUUUUCGAAAAUAGACAUUUCCAAAAGCGAAUGUUUCUUUAAAAAUCCCUAAAAAACAAUCCAAGAUUGUGCUCUUUACACUAACGCGAAAUAACUUAUAACCUACCAU